AUGGACAGCGAAUGGUUUCGAGGACAAGUCGUCUUCCUCACGGGGGCAACUGGGAAUCUUGGUGGCUGUCUGUUAUACAAGCUAGCCAUUCAACUUCCAACCGCCAAAGUAUUCGUGCUAGUACGAGGGUCUGUCCAAAAGGCAAUUGAAUCAUGGGAGGAGUCGAUGCCAGAGCAAAUAGAGGAUAUUAUCGCCACUUGCAAGAUCCAGUUCUUCCUUGGUGACAUGACCCAGCCUAACCUCGGUCUGUCACCCGACAAUCUAUCACGCCUCCAAAAUGAGGCCACAGUGGUGAUAAAUGCCGCUGGUGAUAUUGCUCUAUCUCGAGAUCUCGCCGAGACUAUACCAGUCAAUUGCGCUGCUCAUCUGACACUGGCUUCUCUGCUAGACAGUUUCACUCACUUACAGCACUUCCUUCACAUAUCAACGACAUAUGUCUCCAGCUUUCUACCUGACGGCGUGGUGAAGGAGCAAAUAUAUCCUCUAUACAAAGACCCGGUAGAGGAACUAGGGAGGAUCCUUGUCACAGGUAAAUCAUCCUAUACGGAACAAUUCGCGGCUCCCUAUGCAUUGGCCAAGCACCUGGCUGAAUGUUUGCUCCUGAGUGGUGACCACAAAUUCCCCAUCCUCAUUGUGCGACCCUGUCUCAUAUCACCAGCCAUUGAGGAGCCCUACCCGCUCUACGGCAGCGAUGGCGCCAUACCCGUACAUUCCUUCCUCCAGAUACUCCUAGGAGACUCGGAAUAUGGGCCUCUGAAGCUCGAGCAGACACUGCCUUCACACGCAGCCUGCAAUGAGAUCCCAGUUGACCUCGUGGCGCGCACUUGUCUAGCCCAUGUUACCCAAGGAACGACGGGUAUAGUCCACGCCAGUGCCGACCUGUACGUCUCUCGAACAAUUGGGGAACUGCUCGAGCGCUUGCGCCGCCACGCACCAAAGGGAGCCGUUGAACAGGUACGCAAGACCAGGAUUGGCCAUGGGGAAGUCACGCCUACUGAGUUUUACACCAUGAUCCAACAAUUUGCACGGGACUGGAAGAUUGAAAGUACGCGAUCUGCUCACCUGAAGCAGGUGGCGGCUCCGUUGGGGCUUGACCUUGGCAAUCAUGACCCGGAGAUAUUCUUUAAACUUCGUAUCGAGCGACUGGCUAAGAGUUUUCUGGAAAAGCUGGAAAGUGCUAGUGUGGCGAGCAACAAGGUCUAUCCGAAUAUCUCUUGA